UCGCCCUGCUCCCUGGUUCUCGGCAGCCACUGUCGCUGGAGAGUACCGGGAGGCGUGGGUUGCAAGCGCGCCUGCUUCUCCCUGCCCGGGUGCCAGAGCCCCUGGGCAGGUGCUGAGCGCCUUUCCGAACCUCCCUGCUGCCUCCUCUUCCGCCUGGCCGCCUGGUUGCUGCAGUGCACAUGGGCUGCUGGAGGUAGAUGGGCUCACCGCCCGUGGGGCGGCGGUGGAUGCGGCGCUGGGCAGUAACAGCCACCGAUUCCAGCUGCCGUGGGGCCGAGCGCCCUGGGUGCCGCUGUGAGUCCCAGGCUCAGCCAUGGGGACCUCGGCAAGCAACAUCACCGCCCUCGCCUCUUGCAGCUGCAUCGCCCGCAAAGUCGGAGCCACGAUGGUCGCCGGCUCUCUUCUCCUGCUUGGAUUCCUCAGCACUGUCACAGCUCAACCAGAACAAAAGACUCUCACUCUUACUGGCACGUACCGCCAUGUUGACCGUACCACUGGCCAGGUGCUAACCUGUGACAAGUGUCCGGCAGGAACGUAUGUCUCUGAGCACUGUACCAACACGAGCCUGCGAGUCUGCAGCAGCUGCCCUGCGGGGACCUUUACCAGGCAUGAGAACGGCAUAGAGAGAUGCCAUGACUGUAGUCAGCCAUGUCCGUGGCCGAUGAUUGAGAGAUUACCUUGCGCUGCCUUGACUGACCGAGAGUGCAUCUGCCCACCUGGAACGUAUCAGUCUAAUGGUACCUGCGCUCCCCAUACAGUGUGCCCUGUGGGCUGGGGUGUGCGGAAGAAAGGGACCGAGAAUGAAGAUGUUCGGUGUAAGCAGUGUGCUCGGGGUACCUUCUCUGACGUGCCUUCCAGUGUGAUGAAGUGUAAAGCCCACACAGACUGUCUGGGUCAGAACCUGGUGGUGGUUAAGCCGGGGACCAAGGAGACAGACAAUGUCUGUGGCAUGCACCUGUUCUCCAGCACAACCCCACCUUCCCCUGCCACAGCUAUCUUUUCUCACCCUGAGCACAUGAACUCCCACGAUGUCCCUUCUUCCACCUAUGAGCCCCAAGGCAUGAACUCAACAGAUUCCAACUCUACUGCCUCUGUUAGAACUAAGGUACCAAGUGGCAUCGAGGAAGGGACAGUACCUGAUAAUACAAGCUCAGCAAGUGGGAAGGAAGGCACAAACAGGACCCUGCCAACCCCACCACAAGUUACCCACCAGCAAGCCCCUCACCACAGACACAUUCUGAAACUGCUGCCAUCAUCCAUGGAGGCCACCGGUGAGAAGUCCAGCACAGCCAUCAAGGCCCCCAAGAGGGGCCAUCCCAGACAGAACCCACACAAGCAUUUCGACAUCAAUGAGCAUUUGCCUUGGAUGAUUGUGCUCUUCCUUCUGCUGGUCCUGGUGCUGAUAGUGGUGUGCAGUAUCCGAAAGAGCUCCAGGACUCUCAAAAAGGGACCCCGGCAGGAUCCCAGUGCCAUAGUGGAAAAGGCAGGGCUGAAGAAGUCCUUGACUCCAACUCAGAACCGGGAGAAAUGGAUCUACUACCGUAACGGCCACGGUAUUGACAUCUUGAAGCUUGUAGCAGCCCAGGUGGGAAGCCAGUGGAAGGACAUCUAUCAGUUUCUUUGCAACGCCAGCGAGAGGGAGGUGGCUGCAUUCUCCAAUGGAUACACUGCAGACCAUGAACGGGCCUAUGCGGCUCUGCAGCACUGGACCAUCCGUGGCCCUGAGGCCAGCCUUGCCCAGCUCAUCAGCGCCUUGCGCCAGCACCGACGCAAUGAUGUUGUGGAGAAGAUCCGUGGGCUGAUGGAAGAUACUACGCAGUUGGAAACCGACAAACUGGCUCUCCCCAUGAGCCCCAGUCCGCUUAGCCCAAGCCCCAUUCCCAGUCCUAACGUGAAACUUGAGAACUCCACUCUCCUGACAGUGGAGCCCUCACCCCUGGACAAGAACAAGGGCUUCUUCGUGGACGAGUCAGAGCCCCUUCUGCGCUGCGACUCCACAUCCAGUGGCUCUUCGGCGCUGAGCAGGAAUGGCUCCUUUAUUACCAAAGAAAAGAAGGACACAGUGUUGCGGCAGGUCCGCCUGGACCCCUGUGACUUGCAGCCCAUCUUUGAUGACAUGCUGCAUAUCCUGAAUCCCGAGGAGCUGCGGGUAAUUGAAGAGAUUCCCCAGGCUGAGGACAAACUGGACCGUCUCUUCGAGAUCAUUGGGGUCAAGAGCCAAGAAGCCAGCCAGACCCUCUUGGACUCUGUGUACAGCCAUCUUCCUGACCUAUUGUAGAACACGGGGGCACUGCAUUCUGGAAAUCAACCUACUGGCAGGGUGAUUUCAUUUUGUUUCUGACUUUUGUGUUUUGGUGUGUAUGUGUAUGUAUGUGUUUAACAGAGUGUAUGGCUGGUGCUUGAGUUUGGGGUUCUUUCUCUUCCUUCCUUCCUUCCUUCCUUCCUUCCUUCCUUCCUUCC